AUGAUCCCUCUGCGAAUUGGCCAACGCCAGCGAGUACCAGCGCCACGUAUUGCCGACAAAGACAACGGGGAAACCCCAAGUAUUGCCCAUGAAAAGGCCUUGGCUGCCCAACCUGUUCAUGAACUCAUCCGGAGAAUUGCUACAUUAUCUAGCCAACUGCCGCUAACGGUUCUCGAGGCCGCUGAACCGGGGGACAUCCACCGUUUUCUAUGUUCUGCGCCGAAGGCACCGAAGAGAACCCCCGCUCCCAAACCGGCUCCAGCUCCCACUUCUGCUCCAGCUCCCAAUCCAGCUCCCCCGACUGGCAAUAGGAGAUUCCUCCCCGCCGAUUGGGAGGCCCGAAAAGAGGUUUACUUCAACGCGGCGUUUAUCCCGGGGAGCGACGAGGGGGGUGUAGCAGCACAGCCAAUAAUCCACAAUGUCGACACGGACGAGGAAGACUCGGAUUACAAAGGUGGGAAGCAACGCCAAGUUUCUGAAGAGGACGAGGAUGACGACCUCGGCGUGCAAGCGGCGUCGGAAACAGCAGAGACAGGCCGGAAGCGAAAGGCGAUUGUUAUUGAUGGCAAUUUGCCUGCCUCCGACAAGACUCGAAAGCGUCGCAAAAAGAAGAAGAAGAGUGCUGACGCUGAUUCAUCGCAAGCCCCGAAAAUCAAUGUUGUCGAGAUCCCUUCUUCAUCAGAGGAAGAUAUAGGGCUUGUUGCUGGACGCCGGGGUCCGAAGAGCACUUCUCGGGCGCACUUCUCCCUCCCCAAGCCCGUCAACGUCAACGGGAAGAGGCGCUGGGCAUGGCAAUGUCUACAUUGUAGCCAUACCCUUACUGUUCCGCGAACGCUGUCAACUACAAGCAAAUUCGAAGACGAGCCCAAGCAGCCGCUUCUCGGAAACCUCGCCACACACCUCCGAGACAAGCACGGAGGGCCCAACAUCCCAGUCCCAAUCCAAACGAGUGAAAACUCGGUACGAGGAGAGACAGCUGCGUCCGCAAAGUUGAUGGAGGACUUUUUGCGGGAGGGUGAGCUGCGACCUGGAAAAACUCCGACGCAAGUGGGCUUCUACAAGGUCUUCGCAGCAUGA